AUGCCAGCAUCAUAUGAUAUAUCAAGAAUAACCCAAAUACUCCAAAUUCCUUCUAGACUUCGUAGUAACGAAGAUAUAGCCUAUCUUAUGGCGCUUACAUCGAAAAUAGACUUUUUUACAAAGAUAACUGAAGAACAAAAAUCAUCUGAAAUUCAUAGAGCAUGCUGUCAAGUAAUGACAUUUGAGGAACAUAACCCAGGAGAUAUAAUAGUAAAUUUUGGUGAAAACGGUUCUAAUUUUUACAUUGUUCUAAAAGGGUCAGCUUCAGUUAAUAUUCCUACACAAUGUUAAAAAUGUCAGUUAGGAAUAGGUCCUAACUCCUGCUAAGUAGGUCCGGGUCAUAUCAUCCGAACUUAGUGAGAGAAGUCAAGCUUCUUGAGUCUCGGCUUGAAGAGAAGAAGUCGGUGCUGAGGCUGGCACUGACUAGAGAAGUCUUAAUGGGAACGGUUUGACGGUUAGGCCGGUCCACCUACCGUUAUUCAGAGCUGCUAAUGUAGCUUGGGCCUCAAGUAAAAGAAGACUGAUGGCAAGAUGCCAGACUAAUUCGUUAAACUUAAACUUAAUAUUCCUACAAAGAAAAGAAUGACAAUAAAUCUCAGUGAUGUAGCGACAGAUAAACUUAAAAAGAUUAUAUCGACGCUUAAUGAUGAGCAAGAUGAUGUAUCUGAAAUAAAGGUUGACCCAAGAAAAAAGAGAAGAAGAGCUGGGAAAAUUUUCAAUGCUGUUGAUCUUAUUUCACUUAAUGCUGCUAUGCAAGAAAAGAAGAAUGAUGACACUGAUAACCCACAGUUAAAUGAAUUUUGAAAAAUAAAUGAUUUAUUCCAGGACAAGCUUGACGAAGAAAAAGUAAUAAUUCUUGAUUUUCUGUCUAAACAAAACCCAGAAGCAAGAGUUGUAGAAAUAGAAAUUGAGGAGUUAACCAAAGUUUCUAUAAUAAAUGAAGGUGAAUCUUUUGGAGAAUUAUCAUUAAUAAGUGAAAGGCCUAGAGCUGCCACACUUAUAACAGAAGAAAAAAUAAUUUUGGGAGUCAUAUCAAAGCCAAAUUUUAAAAAAAUUCUGGGAAUUCUUGCAGAAAAAAGGCUUAAUGAAAAAAUUGAAUUUCUUCAAGCUUUACCAAUGUUUUCAAAUUGAAGCAAAAUUGCUUUAUAUAAACUAGGGUAUUAUUUUAAAAGAGUUGUUUACAAGAAGCAUCAAUUUGUAUAUAAAGAAGGUGAACCUGCCAACACUGUAUAUUUUGUAAAAUCCGGAGAAUUUAAAGUAAAAGUAAAUUAGAUUACAAAAAUCCAUAGUGAGUUAAAAGGAGUUGUUGAUACCUCUUCUCUAGACUCUAAAAAAAGCCGCUUAAGUAGCCAUGGCACUGUUCUUAGACUUGGAAAAAUGAGGAAAAUAGGUAUCCAAAAACAAUUGCAAUUGGUAAUUAAAGGGAAAAACGAAAUGAUAGGAAUGGAAGAAGCAUUGGAAAAUUUUGAAAAAAGGAUCCACUCUUGCCAAUGCUGGUCAGAUGAAGGCGAAUUAUUAUGCAUAAGUAGAGAGGUAAUUAAAAAUUAGAACUUGAAUAAUGGAAUAUAGAACUUUUUCUUCAAUAGCGCGAUAAGGCGCAUUCCUAGGUUUUACCGGAGGGUCUUGGAUAUAUGAAAACCUGCUAUUCCUUAUUCAUGGGGGAGACAAACAGCCUAAAUAAAGAAUUCCGCCUAAUCAAUCUCGAGAACUUGAAGAGAGGCUGUGUGGAAAAUUUACAUUUUGGUUCGUCAAAUGAAUCUGACGAGCCAUUUCUGGCCAGUACUUGAAAAUAAAAAAUGAUAGUUGUCAGAAUUUUAUUAAUUUUCUGAUGAAGAGUAUGAUCAGAAUUUUAAUAAAUGGCACAGGAUCAAGUAAUUAAUUAAGUCACUAUGAAAAAAGUCAAAUUUUAAAAAUCAUUACUGGCAUGUCUCCCUAAAGCAGUAAAGAGUAUUCAUUACGUUAUCUUUAUGCUUAAAUUAUCUCUUCAAAUCUUCUAUUAAAAGUUUGGAUUUUGGAAUUUUAAAAAAUAAUUAAGAUGGUUAAGUCACUAUAAAAAAUGUCAAAUUUUAAAAAUCAUUACUGGCAUCGUCUCCCUAAGGCAGUAAAGAGUAUUCAUUAUAUUAUCUUUAUGCUUAAAUUAUCUCUUUAAAUCUUCUAUUAAAAUUUUGAAUUUUGAAAUUUUAAAAAAUAAUUAAGAUGGUUAAGGCACUAUGAAAAAAGUCAAAUUUUAAAAAUCAUUACUGGCAUCGAGUCCCUAAGGCAGUAACGAGUAUUCAUUACGUUAUCUUAACGAUUUAAUUAUCUCUUUAAAUCUUCUAUUAAAAGUUGAAUUUUUUGAGAUUUUUUAAAAAAAAAAUUAAGAUGGUUAAGUCACUAUGAAAAAAGUCAAAUUUUAAAAAUCAUUAUUGGCAUCUUCUCCCUAAGGCAGUAAAGAGUAUUCAUUAUGUUAUGUUUAUGCUUAAAUUAUCUCUUCAAAUGUUCUAUUAAAAGUUUGAAUUUUGAAAUUUAAAAACAAAUUUAAGAUGGCUAAGUCACUAUGAUUAUAAAAAUCAUUACUGGCAUCGUCUCCCUAAGGCAGCAAAGAGUAUUCAUUACGUUAUCUUUAUGCUUAAAUUAUCUCUUUAAAUCUUCUAUUAAAAGUUUGAAUUUUGAAAUUUAUUGUCAAAAGAAUUAUUAAAAUUCUGAUCAUACUCUUCAUCAGAAAAUUAAUAAAAUUCUGACAACUAUCAUUUUUUAUUUCAAGUACUAGCCAGAAUAGGCUUGUCAGAUUCAUUUGACGAACCAAAAUGUAAAUUUUUCACACACAGCCUCUCUUCAAGUUCUCGAGAUUGAUUAGGCGGAAUUCUUUAUUUAGGCUGUUUGUGUCUCCCCCAUGAAUAAGGAAUAGCAGGUUUUCAUAUGUCCAAGACCCUCCGGUAAAACCUAGGAAUGCGCCUUAUCGCGCUAUUGAAGAAAAAGUUCUAUAGCCUAUCCUGAUACCUGAGCCCAAAUAAGAGAUAAGCACAAUGCAAAUAAUGCGUUUUUUAAAGACAGAGUUACUCAAUUAACCAAAAUUGAGGAGGCAAAGAAGUCAUUAGAUUUUACAUCUUUUAGCAAGAUACCCAUUAAGCGCUUGGUAAAAGAAAAAAAAGAACAGAAAGAACAAAAUUGAGUCGAAAAAUCAAAAGAGCCAAUUCCUCAUGUAGUAGAAAAGCCUAUAAAAGAGUCUAGAUAUAUAGCGCUUUCCCGAGGAUGGCGCGGAAUGGCGCCAUCCUCGGGAAAAGUCAACUAAGCAUCCACACGGGAACUGGGAGUUCCACGUGUGGAUGCCAUUUUUGACAUGUGGGAUCCAAACUUCCACAUGUCAAAAUGGCAUCCACACGUGGAACUCCCAGUUCCCGUGUGGAUGCCUUCCUGGCUUUCCCGAGGAUGGCGCCAUUCCGCGCCAUCCUCGGGAAAGCGCUAUAGCAUUCCGGAAAAACAAUUUAAGAAUUCUUCUCGAUCAAUGUCUCCAAAGCAUAACAGAUUUAAAUCCUCUCCAAGCCCAAGCCCAUGUCCAAGCCCGGAAAGAGUAAAAACUGAAGAAUCGCCUGUACAUAAAGAAGACAGAUCAAUAUAUUUUUUUAAUAGAAGAAUUGACACUGUGCACUCAAAUCUUGAUAGUCCUAAAAGUCCUCAGAGUUUUACUAACAGUUUUACAAGGAGAGUUAAGACAAAUCCAUAUAAAAAGAUUGUUCAUAGAAGAGUAGCUCCACCUAAUUUCUUGAGAAAUUAUAAAUCACGAGCUUCAAGCAGAAAAGCUGAUAAUUCAAUAGAAGAGCUUGUAGCAAAAUUUAAAGAAAACGUAGACCAAAGCUAUAGAAAAUAUUCUGCAGAGAUACAAUCAAGCAAGAAGGAAGCGAAUAGUUAUUUUCUUUAA